CGGUAAUGCCGCAUAAUGUUGGUGACCAGCCGCCGUUAAAAAACCAAGAAGAAGAAGAAGUAGCAGAAGGAGAAGAUUUUUAGCGGUCGCUGUUAGUGCAAAAUUCAUCUGGAUCAGUGAGAUGGCCACACGGACACCUAAGGAUGCUGAUGUCAACCUCCCCUUCGCUGCACUUCAAAUACUCGCUCCGCCCAUGCGCCUGGUGUCUGCAGCUCUGUGGAAGGUGCUGAAGCAGAGGGAUGUGAUGCAGUAUGGGGUUGUGGAGGAAUUUGUGACGUCAGCUUGUGAGACUGUACCUGGCAUGCUCACCGUGAGACACCAGGGAAAGCUGACUCUGGGGCUGAGAGGACGCCUGAUCUUAGAGCUGUGCCGUACACAACCUGAUAUGCAGGUGAUUGAGCCUCACCUGAAAAGGAUCCGUGCUCCAGCUGUUCCUCCAACCGCAGCUGCUACAGUGAGGAAGGACGUCAAAAUUACAAGGACAGUUGAAAGUUUCCAUUCAUUUAUUCACACACUGCUGACAGAGCCCGCAGAGAGAGAACUGUUCUACAAGGAGGAAUUUCCUGUGGAUUAUGGCCCGAAGUUCGACGAGGAAUUGGAGAAGCUGCUGUGGGAGUUUUUGAUUCGACUGGACCAGUUGCUUCCAGUUCCCAACCUUGCACAGACUGUGUCAUGGCUCAGUGACACCCCGACUGUCCUGGAGGAGUGUGCUCGCUCUGCCACGCAGCCUCAGCUCCUCAACAUUUUGCUGCAACAUCAAUCCUGUCUUGGUCACCUUGAGCCAGCAGCGUCUCUCCCUCCAAACAUGGGAGACUCCAUCCUGGAAUCACUUUCUCUUCCACUGUCUGGAAGAGCGGCCUCAAAACAACAAACCGGAGCGUCUGCUGUGGACCCGUCCAGUAGAGGCGCACAGACGAGAGACAAAACACCAUUCAUCACACCUGUUAUCGGGCUCAUAUCUAACAAAGACGUACCAGUCAUGAUGUCUUCAAAUAAAAAGCCCCUGAGAAGCAGUGAGGCCUCCAGCACAGAAAACGCAACAGACAAACUCUCACAACAAAGGGACAGCGUGAGAGACAAGAAAAUCACAGACGAUGAAGACAAAGAGAGCGAGGAAGAACAAGAGGCGCAGAACGUCUCCAAAAGAAGCAGAGGAAUUAAACGCAAGCAGCCUGACAAAAGACAAAGCGACUCAGAACAGGAGGAUGAAGUGGUACUAGACAUGAGCAGAUCUGGGAGGAUGAGGAUAAGCAGGGUCAAACAGAGCGCGGACGAAAGUAAAGGUGAUGGAGCAGAAACUGUAAGAAAGGAGGAGUUAAUAAGCAGAGCAUCCUUGGCCAACUGUUUGACCCAGCUGGACCUGAAAACACUCUGUCUGCCUGAUGAUCCGUCCCUCUGCUCUGCGCUUGUGUCAUGUCUGAGCAGCCAGCCAAAAGUCAUUGUCCAAAAGAUGCAAGUGGCUUUUACUAGUGGUAACGGAAGCGGCAGCGGAGGAGGAGGAGGAGGAGGAGGAGGAGGAGGAGGGACUAUAAAUAAUGCACGGCAGAGUUCGAGGAAGAAGACGACAAAUAAAACCCAGAGCAAGCGAGUUGAAAAGCCUGACUCUGACCUUUCUGGCUUGGAUGAUAAAGAAAAUCGCCCCAUAUUACCGAGCAGCUCUCACAUACAGGCCAACACAGAGACGCUGGCCUUUUCUGGAGACGGUGAAGACUAUGUCGCUGAUUCAGAGGAUGAGGCAACAAAGAACUUCAAGGGCAGGCUGUUCAUGAAGCGCUACUACAAGACCAAACAUGGCACUUACGUUCCCACUCUGAGGGAAUUCUGGAAACCGGGGAUGCCACGGAAGGACUUGCUGUCUUCUUUUAGUAAACGCAGAUGAUCGAAUGAAUUUCCACACCCAGUAUCAAGUUCAGUUUAAUUCUCUUAUAUUGAUUUAUGCUGUCAUCAUGGAUGGAUCGCGAUGAUUUUUUUUUUUACCUUCAAUAAUGGGUAAUAACUGAUCAUGGACGGUGUCUUACAAGUAAAACUUUUUUUUUUUUUUUAAAUGUUAGUGUACAGUUUUGUAAAUAAAGAUGAAGCAAUA